CUCGAAAGCAAGAUAAUAACGUAAGAAUAUGAUUUAACACGUACAUAAAGGAUAAAGGAGAAUUUUGCAGUUCAAUUUGAAUGCGUAUAGCUCAGUUUCACAUAGAACUGUUGAAAAAGUUGCCAACCAAAAAAAAGUCUAUCAGCUUUGGAGAUUCUGCUAACCUAAUCCCUUUCGUUUUCCUCGUUUGCUUUUGAACACAAACCAGUUCCGUGGACGAAGUUAGUUUACUUCGCUAUUCUUAAUCUUAUCUAACCUCGUUUCCGAUUCUCUAUCCCAAAACGAUAUUUAAAUUUUUCAUAUUCCAUUUCAAAAAGUUAAUUCAUAAUGAUUUCAUCAAGAUAUCUUAUUUAUAAUAAAAGAAUCAAAAGUGUUGCGAAAGUCAACACAACAUCACCUCGUCUUUGCACUUUUGAAGGGUUUUUUUUACCUGGAAGCAAUCAAGAAACUAACUUACUGAACAAAAACCAUAUUUACAUAUACAUUGACACAAUCACAUAUUCUACAAACAAGGUAAACAUGCAAGUAUUGUUUAAAUUUUCAAUCCAAAUAAUUCAGCCAGCCUAAAAUUAGCAAGUUUUGACCCUAGUAAGUAGUAAAGAUCCCUUCACAUAAAGCUUUACAAAGGUGCACAACACUGUCACACAUGUGUAUGUGUGUGUGUGUGUGUGUAUCUAAUGUACAUAUUGACACAGGGAUAUAAGUCAGUAGUGCCCAACACUCACUACAGAACACAGUUGAUAACCAAUGUAUGUAUGUAUGCAUAUGUAAGAAAUUAAAUAAACCCCUCCACAGUAAGCAAAUAGGUUUUUUCUUUGUCCUCUUCUCAUCAUUGCACUAUAUAAUAACACAGGCCAUUUUAAAUGCCAGAAGGGCAUAAAAAAAACUGCCAAGAAAACCCAACACUAAGACACCCACAUAGAUACUCAUGUUUCCACAUAAAACUAAAUAGAAACUGGUAAUAGAUACGCGCAAAUAUUUCUAUAUAUCCACCAUUAUUGCCUAAUUUUCAAGACCCUACCACUUUCCCAAAGACUUUCUAUGUAUCAAUAUCAGAACACACCCCACUAUGGGUAUAAUACUGCAGCCACUAGCUCCAACAAUCUAUAUUCUGGAUCAAAGCUUAUCAUUCACACUCACCUUUUCGUUACCAUAGGGAACACUUUGAACUUACGUGGGACCUGUCACCAUUAUAUCUCAAUACCCUAUUUCACAACUAACCAUAGUCAGCCUCCGAAAGAAAAUAAAAAAAAAUGAAAACUGUUAGAAGAAUUUACCAUAUCAUACCAGAUCAAGAUCAGGUUCUAAAGCAGCCCGCCGAUAAAAUUCAGAUAAAAAGAUCUUUGCCUUACCAUCGGAUAAAGUGUAACAAGAGAUAUCGAGUAGGCAAGCAGAAAUCAUGGCAGACAAUAAAAAGUUAAAAAAAAAAAAAAAGAUAAAAAAAACCAUGAUGAUUUGUUUUUUGACUGCAUGACUGCAUAAUGGAAUGAAUUGUCAUUAGAUUGGCAACAUAAGUAUAGUUUAAACUAAUCGCAAUGGAAAGUUGAUGUGGUUUCAACAGAUAAGGAGAAAAAAAGGGAAAAAAAUGGUGAGUGGGAAUCUCAAGCUUUGACAGAGGGCGACGAUGAAAGAUGACGUAAGCAUCCCCCUUGGGAAAAACCAAGCAUCGUUUAGGUGGGGACAAGUGAACAGACAUCUAUGAUAGAUCUAAAAAUGUCUUAUAUCACAAUUCCUUCAUCUUGUCAGUCUCAAUUUAUUCCCAUCUCUCAUAAUAUAUAGAACCAAUCUAAAGAGUCUUAACAGAGUAGGAAUUCAACGGAGUACCUCAAAUCCCACCAAGUGAAUCCAAACGAGAAGAAGACUCUUCUUCCUCUGCACCGAAGAAAUCAAUCGGCAGAGCUAGAACAAAUAAAAAGAUGCCAAAGCAAGAAAUUAGUGAUCAAGAAACAGCACAAAAAAAUCCAGGAGAGUGGCUGAACCUGAGCCUAGGGAGUAAUCAGUCACAAACACUUACGGAAACCAGCGAUGCACAAUCAAGAACUGCUUCUUCAGCCAAGAUUUUCUCGUGCAACUUCUGCAUGAGAAAGUUCUACAGCUCACAAGCAUUGGGUGGGCAUCAGAAUGCUCACAAGAGAGAGAGAGGAGCAGUAAGACAUUACCAGUCACACAAAAUGAUGACUCUGCCAGUGCCAAUCCAUACUUCCAUGUUCAGAUCACUUGGGGUGCGGGCCCACUCCCUCGUGCACAAACCAGGCAGAGAUGGAACGGUGAUUGCAGGGAGAUUUGGCGAGGCUGACACGAGAUACGAAAUGGCGUGGCAGCCUGGCACAGUGGAGGCGGCAGAUGUUAUGUGGCCUGGAAGUUUCCGGAUGGAUCCACCACCACAACCGGAGCUGAAAUCAUCGAACUCGAAUUUGCUCGACUUGAAUCUCAAACUGUAAUCAGCUAUUUAUCUGUUAUCGAUUGGGUUUUUUUCUUCUUUUUCUUGUAACUUACUAUAAUGCUUCCAGAGAUUUGCCUGUCGCUAUUUAAAGCUGAGCCCCAGUAUUAUAUUCCAACAGAGGUGCUUAUUAUGCCACUUGAUGAAAAAAAAACUUCCAGCUCUUUAUUUAUGUGUAAUGAGUAAAACAAUAAGUUACAGGCUGUUUAUAGAUAUUCUAAUCCCAAGCACCUGAACUAUAUUUCUGGCUGAGUCUUUUUUA